GAACAUUGAUAGAAACAGUAAGAGGCGCAGCUCAAGUAAAAACAUUAGCGCUGAAAUGGUAAAUUUUUUGCAACGUUUUUUAGUGUUUUUAAACAUUUAUAGCAUUUUCGCGGAUGGUUAUUCCUUUAAUAAUGAUGAGCACACAGAAAAUAUACAUCCCUUUAUAAAAAUCGGUAGCAAGUAUUACUUUAUAAACGAAUUGUUGAAGAUGAACUGGUUCGAGUCGUCUAACUACUGUCGCUCUUAUGGUGGCGAAUUGGCGAGUGUUGAAUCGCAUGAAGAAUUGUUGGCACUGCAAAAUUACAUUUUAGCUAGAAAAAUAGAAUCGCGGUUUUGGUUUGACGGCAACGAUUUAGCAGAGGAAGGGAAAUUCGUCUCACACACUACUGGUCGACCCUUGAUCUUCAACAAAUGGUCACAAAAUAACCCCAACAAUGUGAAUAAUGAAGAUUGCCUUGAGGUUAAUUUGUACAACAAAGAACUAUUAAUGAAUGAUAUUAACUGUAACGUUGAAAAUAUUGCGAUUUGUAAAUAUCGUGAACCUAACACGCAUUGCAGUGGAAAAAAUUCAUUGAUGAAUCAAAAUGAAGUCUGUAUACUUAGGAACUUAGUGGAGAGUUUUGCGCAAGUGGGUCAUAGAUGUAAGUCAUGCUCUCAAGCCUUUAUGUUCCCAACGUCGUAGUAAGCGAACGGCGCUCAUUAAAAUGUUUUACGGCAAAACAAAUAAGAGAUCCGAACAUCAAUUAAAAGAAUAAAGAGAGAGAGGGAAAUAUGAACGUCAUUCAUAGUAUACGACUUCACGAUGAGUAAGACGCACUUUCACUUAUACACAUAUAAUUUUAUAUUAGUCUUCGAUAUAUAAAAAUUGAUCACAUAAAAACAGACUUACGGUAAAAUAAAACAAUGUGAAAAAAAGGUUGCCACAUGUAGUUAAUUAUUUAAUUGUAAAUAAAAUUAAAAUUUAAUAAGUUUGCAUAUGAAUGCUAAUGAAAUAUACUUUUGCAGAAAAAUUUAUAUAAAGUGUUGCCACUUAAAUAUUAACAAAUGUAAAUUUAGAAUCAAUUGCAAAUUAUAAUUUUAUAUUAGUCUUCAGAUACAUAAUAUUUGAUGAGCUACAAACAGACUUACAGCAAACUGGAAAAAAUUUAAAAAGGGUUGCCACAUAUUUUUAAUAAAGAAACUGUAAAAAAAAAUUAAUUUAAUAAG